UUUUUUUCCCAUCUGCCUCUCUGGCUAUGUUUCUGUGUGUGUUAUUGUUUUGCAUAUAAAUAUUUUGAUAGGGUAGUAAUCUUUUUUUUCCUUUCUCUCUCUCUCUCUCUCUCUCUCUCUCUCCUCUCAUUUCCCCUUUCCACCCUCAACAGUAAUGAUUUUCUCGUUACGGGUAUCGUUGUUGAGGAAUCUGAGGAGAGCUACUUGUCCUGGUUGUGAAAAAGAGGCAGUUAUACAAGUAGCCUUGGUUGAAAAACAAGUCGUAGAAAGGAGGAGGAUUAGAAGAAGAGGAACAAACAGAAUCCCAAGUGCACGAGUGUGUUUGUGUUUUCAUUGAUGUGAUCUUUGGAAAUAAAAGACUAAAUCUUUCUUUAUUUCUCCGUAUUUGGGUUCUGGGUUUUUCUCUUUUUGUUUGAUUAGCCAUCUUUUUUAUUUCCCUUUUCCUGCUUUUGUUUGGGGUGUUUGUUUUUGUUGGUUUGUUUGUUCUGAUGUCUCAACCAAGGCAAUUUCAGAUGGUGGGUAGUAACAUUAAUAAUCCUGGCCAAUACAAUGACACAACUUUCACCAAAAUCUUUGUUGGUGGGUUGGCUUGGGAGACUCAGAGGGAGACUAUGAGAAGGUAUUUUGAACAGUUUGGAGAGAUCUUGGAGGCUGUUGUGAUUACAGAUAAGAACACUGGGAGGUCCAAGGGUUAUGGAUUUGUUACAUUUAAGGAUUCAGAGGCAGCCAUGAGAGCAUGUCAAAAUCCAUCCCCUGUGAUUGAUGGAAGGAGAGCAAAUUGCAAUCUUGCAUCUCUUGGUGCACAAAAGACUCGUCCCCAAACUCCUCAUCAGCAGCAUGGUGCAGGAAGAUUCAGACCAGCACAUGGGUUGGUGGCUCCACCUGCUUAUCAUGGCUCUUCAUCACCAUACUUCCAUCAACCAACUGGUCAAUACACAUUUCCUUAUUCUGCUUAUGGGUACACUGGAUAUUCACAAGAUUCCAUGUAUCCCAUGAAUUAUUAUAGUGUUUAUGGUGGUCAACAAUUCUCACCUUAUUACACCACCACUGGGGCAUCAGGGCCAACUGGCAUGUACCAAAAUGUCUACCCAUUAUAUGCUCAGUAUGCACAGAGCAGUAGCCAGGCUCAUGGUCUUGGAGUUCAAUAUCCCCAAAUGGUACAGUACCCAUAUUUGCCUCAUCAGCCCUAUGCUGCUGGUUCCACAGCUGGGAUUCUCUCUCUUCCUUCUUCAAUGCCAAUUACCACCACCACAACUACCACCACAGGUACAACAACAGCAGCAGCAACUGGUGCUGGUGCUGGUGCUGGUGCUUCUUCACAAGCCUCUGCAGCCAAUUCUGAACAGAAUUCUUCAACUUAAAUGUCUGCAGAGAGAGAAAAAAAAAAACAAUGUCUUCUUUACAAGGCUAACCACAUUGAUAAUGGGUUACAGAGUCAAAGUGCAAAAGGGAAGGGAAAAUGUCAAUAACAAAACCAUAAUAAGCUAUCAAUUUCAAAAGGGUGCCUAGCCUGCUGCAGAAUACAUAUCAGCUGCCAUGAGAAGAGAUCAAAAGGGCAUCCAAGUGAUCAGCAUUGGACGGUUCAUCGCUUGCUCCACACUAACUUCAUCAUCUUCAUCUUACAUGGGUGGGUUAAGACAAAUAGGGGAGUCUUAUUUUCAAGUAGUUGUUAGCAUUAGGAGAAUUAAGAGUCAUAAUUUAAUCAUUCAUGUAUUGGCAUCAUGGGGUGGAAGCUAAAUAUUGGGCUUUGGAUUCUGCCUCACACACUAAUUACCAGUUGGGUUAUGUGCCUCGGAUGCAUAGAGCAUCCAAUGACAUAAUACCGCUUGUUUAUAUUGGAAAGCAAUCGGGUUUCAAAAGAUUGGUUUUGUAUCUUUGAAACCCAGCUUGGUCAAAGCUCUCGGAUAGCUUUAGCUGGCCAUUAACUUGUAAUUUUCUUCGUUUUGGUCAUUGUUCAUGAUUGAUACUUUUCAAGAUAGGAUUAGUUGGAAAAAA